UAUGGAUCUAGAAGACUAGCGGGAGAAAUGGAACUCGCUAUAAAUAGUUGAAGCCAGUCGACAGUGUUUUGUUAAACCGCGCGUAUUUCGAAUCAGACGUCAGUGUUUUGUUUCAACUUUUUACCUAACAAUCAUGGCAAUUUUGGAUAAACUGGUUUUGGUGGUGUGCAUUUCCUCUCUAGCCACAGCUAGGAGCAUCAGGAGCGCAGAGGACAUUCAACUACAACCUCGUAUCUACCCCGGCUACCUACAACAAGAAGAAGAUGCAUACGCAGCGGCCUCUACAAAUCAAGAGCUUCCCAGAGUCGUGCAGUCCAUCCCAUUCAACGUCCCAGAACCCAGCGAUGAACUAAGACCACCUCAAGAAAACUCCCCAGUUUCCUUCUUGGAGGUACCAGCACCCUCUACACAUCUAACGGCGCCAUCCGAGUCUCUCUGGAACCCAGAGAACAACCCAAUCUUCUUCUACGAGCUUCCAGCCUCCUUAACGAAGUUGGACACCCCGACCCACAAGUUCCCCAAGAAGUUCAACAAGGAGAUCCACACCAAAGACAAGGCGCUCUCUUCUCAGCCCAAAAUAGAAAUUGAGCUUGUGCCAAUCGAAGAAAGGGAACUGGUGUACAAACAGAAGGAUUUGGACAAGAAGUUCGACAAUUUGGCCAAGCUGGAGAACCAGAAGGAGUUGGAUCAGUUGAAGGCAUUUUCGAAUCAUAAAGACGACUCCGUUCAAGCUGAGACUGGCUACAAUGACUACAACGAAGACGACACAGUUCCAUCGGCUUCUGAAGAUGGAUAUUCUACGGGACUCAACGAACAAUUGAUUUCCUCAAUGGGUAUACCACACCAUGACAGUACAAGAGACAGACUAACGUUUCACGUUGUUGGACAUGAUGGACCUCACACUUACAAAUGGGGUUAUGACACUGGCAAAGGGCACAACAGGAUGUUUAGAUUCGAGGAAAAAGACAAAUCAGGUAUAGUUAAGGGCCACUACGGUUAUUACGAUAAGCAUGGUAAACUUCAGAUAGUAAACUACGAUGCUCAUCCUGAAGAAGGCUUCCACGCGGAAUCAAGUACAGACCACAACAGCAAGUGAUUUGGAGGAGGAGCAAAGCGUGUCGUUGUGUAAUAUUUGCUCAAAAACUCUGAUGAUAUUUGUUGUGAAUAUUCGAAAACAGUUUAUUCUUCUGAACAUUUUUGUGAUUGUGGUCUCAGGUAGAAUAUCUCUAUGAAUUAUAUUUUGUACUAUGUACUAUAGGUAUUGUAUUAUUAAAAUAUAAAAGUAUCA